CAGCCAUUCCACUGCCUCCUGCACCUCAGUUGAUCUGAUCACCUUCAUCAUCUCCCCCGUCCUUUAUUCAACCUCUUCUUGCCACAACAUUGUCUGUAUCUAUCGAGCUAUUCCUCACCACCUCGUCUCCCCCACCCACCUGGCUGAUGCAGCUUGACUCCCACCGUCGUCAAUUGAGCAUCACCAUGCCUUGCCCAUGGUCCUCUCGUCGCUGCUCCUCGCGGGCGGCUGACGACUCCACUAUCACCAAUGCUCUCCCUUCUCCAACCUCUACACCCGAAGUCGAGGACUGGAAGAAGAUUCGCAGGUUCAAUCUGCGCAUGAUGAGAAAGCAGAUCCGCUGCGUCAUCCUGCUGAUGGCUCUCAUGGAAGCCCUCCGGGUUGGGCCACUGCAGAUUGUGUAUGCUGGCAAGCAUGAAUAUCCGGCUCCUGGAGAGGACGACUAUGGCAUUGCCUACACUGUCGGAUACUUCGUCAGCUGGUUGUACGUGUGCGUAUUCAUGAUAAUUUGGAUGCCGCUUUUCGAUUGGUGGGUUCCAAAAACCCUUCCCGGCUCUGACGACCCGUCCAAACCCUCAACGGCGAUGAAAGUUAUCUGCCUGCUUAAGAAGCUCAACAUGAUACUUCUUCCCAUUUCCAUCUGCGUCUCCCUCCUCACGUACGUCUACUACCUGGCACACACCUUCAUCUUCGUCGACUCUCGCACCCGCGGUUCCACCAGAUUCCCCAAAAACACACGUAAAAACUGGCUCGUUCGUGCUUUCAUGCUUCUCGGUAUCGCCAUUACCACGAGCUUGGGGUAUGGUGCGUUCCAGACACUUGAGAAAUUAGAUCUCGCACGGGUGAAGAAUAUUGAGUACGCUUUGAUUGUGGCUCCUGUGCAGAUCAACUUCGGUGUUCUUUUGGGAACCGUCAUGCAGUUCCGCAUGGAAAAAAGACUUGCACGCAAACAGGCACUGAAGUUGCAGGCUGCCAAAGUCGAGGACGGCCUUGUCGAGGAAAAGGCGGCCCUGAUCGAGGUCUAAACAGCCCUGUGACUGAUUGGGUCAGCACUGCAGCCUUUCCUUCGAUCACACUGCCUGCAUUGCUCAGUUACUGAGGACAAACGGUACCCACUUGGACACAUUUGCUAGGCAGUGGAGACCAGGAAGGGCUCAGAUGACAGCCCGAGUGAACAGUAACUGAUGGGCGGCGAUGGGCGUAGCACAAUGCCCAGAAAGACAGAGACGCGAAUUUUACUCUUUGUAACCGCCUGCACAGGCCCCGAAGGCGUCUAGGGAAAAUGAGGCCUUGGGAAGAAGGAGAUACGAGACAGACCAGUUGGAGAAAGUGGACAGCUAGGGUGCGUUGGCAUAAAUUGGCCUUUGGGGGCUGGAGUUACACGUUUCCAUUCAUUAUUAAAUAUUACGAUCGGUCAAUUGUUUCUUUGGCCCGUGUCUUCUGCGACCCAGUAUUCGAGGCAACACAGCAC